AUGGCCGACGAAUCACGCUCUACACGCACUGUGCAUUGCAAGCUCGUCCUUCUAGGCGAAGCAGCUGUCGGUAAAUCCUCUCUGGUUGUGCGCUUCGUGAACAAUGAUUUCCAAGAGAACCGCGAACCAACGAUCGGCGCUGCCUUCCUCACCAAGAAGAUCACUACCCCUUCUCAAUCCACCAUCAAAUUCGAGUUCUGGGAUACCGCCGGUCAAGAACGGUUCCAUUCGUUGGCGCCCAUGUACUACAGAAAUGCCCAAGCAGCUGUCGUGGUAUAUGAUAUCACCAAAUCCUUAAGUCUAGACAAAGCCAAAUCAUGGGUCAAGGAACUCCAACGCCAAGCACCACCAGACAUCGUCAUCGCCCUCGCCGGCAACAAAGCCGAUCUCUCGUCCUCUUCCCCUGCCGACGAAGACGAAGACGAGGACGACGACGAGCCUAGCUCUGCACGUCAGGUAUCUUACGAGGAGGCCAAGGCAUAUGCGGAUGAAGCUGGCCUACUGUUCUUUGAGACGAGUGCGAAGACGGGGAUGAAUGUUCAGGAGGUGUUUACGGAGAUUGCGAAGACGAUUCCGGAGGAGACUGCGCCAGCUGGUGGACGGGCGGGGAUGGGGAGGAGAGAGGCGAGUGGACGGGUUGAUUUGAGUGAGAAUAGGGCUGGUGCGACCCAGGCGAGUGGUUGUGCUUGUUAG